AUGUCUCCACUGCAUCUAGCCUCAGGCAGUCCUUCGUCAACUGAGAGCAACCCCAUUUUUGCUGAAGACCCAGCACCACUCCACCUUCCAUCUGCAGCGCUCUCGGCGCAAGCUAUGCUAGCAGCUUCUGAAGUCCCCCAAGCAGCUGUACUGUCAUGUUCACGACCUCUUGCUGCAGCUGCCGACCCACCUGCUCGCUUGCUCUCCUACCCGAACUUUACUCGUAUACGCGCACCUCCAAGCCAAUCAAAUCUGCGUCACCUCGCCAAUGUCAGGCAGGCACAGGCGCUCAUGCUUCCAUCGCCUGCUGCUCCUGCGUCUUGCACUGACCUGCCUUUGCAAGGAGCGUAUGUACCAGGCCCUACUACUGCUGGCGCUUUCUCUGCACCACCUGCUGCAGCUUCUGGAAGCCCCGCAAAGAGCAGCCGCCACCUGUUGGUCAUGCCUAAAGUGGGAGUUGCAUGGAAUCUGAAGUCAUGUGACAAGCCACGGCACCAGCAGCCUUUGGGUCCCAAGUCUUGGCAGCAACCACAGCCGCAUCUGCAGCCAAAUCAGCCAAUGGUCCAUCAGCCUCGGCAGCCACAGCACCCUCACCAGCCUCAGCAGCCACAGGCACAGCACCCGAUGCUGCACCUGCCACAAGGACAGCCACAGAGUGCAAUGCAGCAACAGCUGAGGCCUAAGCAGCAACAACAGCGACAAUCUCUGCUGCAGGUGCCAUUGCCAACUGAGAAGGAAGAUAAGGAGGAAAGGAAGGAGGUGGUUGGUGGUGCAUCUGGUGCUUCCAUUCUGGGCGGAAGGUCCCCUCCUCUCCCACCUCCUCCCCGUCCACCUCCAUCUAAGUACCCCUCAGGGCCACGACCAAAGCUCACGCCGUUCCUUCUGUCAGCCAUUGCCAACAGCAAGGCCAAUGCUUCUGCAGCGUCCCUGGUGCAGAACAGUCCAGUGACUCUACCAGCUGUGGCGAGCGUGCCAGUGGCACCAGCAUCACUUCAGCCUGUAACGGUAUCAGCACUUACUGAGGUUGCGGCUAUGCCAACACUUCAUCUGAAUGCUGGUGUGGCAGGGGUUCUCAAUCUCGAAGAAGCACCAACAGCAUCAGCGCCUGUUCAGCAAGCACCAGAUUCUGCACCUCAGGAUGCAGCAACAGCUGCACUUCCUCAGCAAGCACCAGUGUCCGAACCUCAGGAAGCCGUUCAGCAUACGACAGCACCAUCACCUCUCAAGCAGGCACCUAGUGGCACCUCUUAA